AUGCUCAUGGCGACCUUGCGGCUCAACCCAGGGCACGCUCUUCAUUAUCGAAUGCCUGGGUUAGGCCAAUUCGGCGUCACGCACGCCGAAAGCAGAGAGAACGAGCCGCCACACGUCUUCAUUGAUCGGGACGGUGCCCAGUUUCCGGCCAUUCUGCAAUUUUUGCGUGCUGGCUCUGUGCCACUGAAUGCCCAGACGGCUUCGAUGGUGCCGCUCUUCCUGGAGGCCGACUAUUUUGGCCUCGAGAACAUGAAAGCAGUCCUCAGUGCUUUCUACCCUGGUCUAGCUCGCUGGGCCACCCAGGGUCGAGAUCAGCAUCUAGAUGGACUGGAUCUCACCCUAUUGACUCUAGCUGGACUGACACUGACCAACGUGGUGUCGCUGCGCAAUUGUCUUCUUGACGGCGUGGACAUGCAGGACGCAACACUGCUCUCAACUGAUCUGAGCAGCAGCCACAUGCUCAAGACGCGCCUGUCCGGUAUCACCCUGCGCUCGGCUAUUCUGAGCGAUGCCAUCAUUCAAGACGUGUCCUUUGAGGGUGGCCUUCUGGACCGAAUCAGCUUUGAUCGCGCCACGCUUGAGAACUGCGAGUUUCUCGGUAUGCGUGGCAUGACUCGAGUGACCAUGAGCAAGGCGCGCCUUAAACGCUGUCGCUUUGACUGCGUCAGUGCAGUAGGACUACAAUAUGUCACUGCCGAGGACUGCGAUCUACGCUCGCUCGCGCUACGUGCACCACUAGUGUUGGGGGCCUACUUCGUACGCUGUCAACUGCCAUCUUGCCUGACCGAUUGUACUGACCGAUUUACGGCUGAUGAUUGUACGUUCGGGCCACCAGACGCUGAGGUUGCCGCCGAAGCCGCCGAGGUUGCUUGA